AUGUCAAAAGGUGUAGAUGUAGAAUUAGCAAUCGGAAUCGAUUUGGGUACAACAAACUCCUGUGUUGCUGUUUGGAAACACAACAGAAUAGAGAUCAUAACCAAUGACCAAGGCAACCGAACGACGCCAUCUUGUGUUGCUUUCACUGAUUCUCAAUGUCUCGUUGGUGAUGGUGCCAAGAAUCAAAUUGCAAAGAACCCUGCUAAUACUAUAUUCAAUGCAAAGAGGCUGAUCGGCAGGAGGUUCAGUGAAGCAACAGUGCAGAAAGACAUAAAGUUGUUGCCAUUUAGAGUCAUAGAAGGGCCAAACGACGUGCCAAAAGUGAUGGUUACUCACAAGGGUAACGAGCAACAAUUUUCUAUGGAAGCAAUUUCGUCCAUGGUGCUUACAAAGAUGAAAGAAGUUGCAGAGGCGUAUAUAGGUGAGACUGUCAAAAAUGCAGUCAUUACAGUCCCUGCUUAUUUCAAUGAUGGUCAACGUCAAGCAACCAAGGAUGCUGCUACGAUUGCUGGCGUGAAUGUCCUUCGUAUGAUCAACGAGCCAACAGCAGCUGCAAUUGCUUAUGGUAUAGACAAUAUGUUGGGUCUUACUGGAAAGAGGAAUGUGCUUAUAUUUGAUCUCGGUGGUGGUACUUUUGAUGUGUCUCUUCUCACCAUUGAUGAAGUAGGGGCGUUUGAGGUUAAGGCAGUCGCUAGCGACACUCAUCUGGGAGGUGAUGAUUUUGAUAACAAAAUGGUGAAUUACUGUUGUGAUGAUUUUAAGAAGAAAUGGAACAUAGAUUUGGCUGGAAAAAAAAGAGUGUUAGGAAGGUUGAAAGCUGCUUGUGAGAAAGCAAAGAGAACUCUUUCAUAUUCCAGUCGCGCUUCAAUUGAAUUAGACUUGUUGCACAAGGGUAUUGACUUUUCAAUAGAAAUUACUCGUGCUAAAUUUGAGGAGCUUAAUAUGAGUUAUUUUACAAAGUGUAUUGAACAAGUGAAGACAUGUUUAGCGGAUGCGAAUAUAAUGAAAGGAGGUGUAGAUGAGGUGAUUCUUGUUGGUGGGUCAACUAGAAUUCCAAAGAUUCAACGUAUGUUGCAGGAGUUCUUUCAUGGAAAGGAGCCAUGCAAGACCAUCAACCCUGAUGAAGCUGUGGCUUAUGGGGCGGGAGUUUUGGCUGCAAAGUUACGUGGUGCAACUUCAAAAAUGGUGAAGGAGUUGGUGCUAUUUGAUGUCAUCCCAUUGUCAGUUGGUGUUGAAACAGAUGGUGAAGUAAUGACAGUCGUGAUCCCUAAGAACACUCCCAUACCUACUAAGAGGAUGAUGGAGUUUGUUACAACCAAAAAGAAGCAAACUUCUAUGGAUGUCAUCGUAUAUCAAGGUGAACGAUCUAAAUCUACUGAUAACUAUUUGUUGGGAUCGUUUACAAUUUCUGGAAUACCACCUGCUCCCAAGGGAGUGUCCGUAGUAGAAGAUUGUUUUGAAAUAGAUGAUAAUGGGAACCUCACAGUUACAGCUAAGGUAUUAUCCACUGGUAAGACCGAAAAACUUACUGUUACCAAUAUAUGUGGAAGAUUGUCGAAGAAAGAGAUAGAUAAAAUGAUGGAAGAUGCUGAGAAGUUCAAGCUUGAGGACCAGGAAUACAAGAGAAGAGCAGAAGCCUACAAUGCCUUGGAGGAUUGCGUAUAUCAGGUAAAGAAGAAGAUCAAAAGUAAUGAUAUGUCCCCAGAUCACUUGAAGAACAUUCAGUAUGUAGUUGAAGAUGCAAUGGAGUGGCGCUCUAAUAGCAAAGUUGCUGCUGUUCACGAGAUUGAGCGCAAGAAGGAGUACCUGGAGUUCGUAAGCGGGCUUUCAUUUCCCGACUAA